AGAAUCAAUCUCCCAACAAGUUUCAACUUCCCAUUUUCUAGUCUUUUAACCCUUUGCACUCUUCUUUCUCUUCCAUCCAAAGCCAAGAAUUUCCACUACAUUUUACACAGACAUACUAUUCUCUGCAAUUCCCCAUAGCUUUAUAAAAAAAUUGUGUUGAUCAAUAAUUGUAAAAAGGGUUAUCCUUUUCUUCUUAUAAGCUUAAAACAAUGAAGGUUCAUCCAGUACCAAGAAAACGCAACAUCACGCUACGAUACGACAUCGUUUCGGCACUCUCUCAGGCCAACGCCAUAGCAUCCGGCCGUCAAAAGAAGCUCCGUCGACUUCCUCACAUCUUCGCGAAGGUUCUAGAACUUCCGUUCCAUUCCGAUGCUGACGUGUCUAUCCAAGAGAGCCCCGAUUCGUUGCGUUUCGUUAUCCCGACGGAUGAUAACGUUGGGGAUAAUAUUAGGGCCCACACAGUUGAGAUCUAUCCUGGUGUUACUAAGAUUGUGAUACGAGGGGAUAAUGUUUUGGAUUCGUCUUUAGGUGAGUUUGAGCUCGACUUGUGGCGAUUCCGUCUCCCGCCGUCAACUCUACCGGAGCUGGCUACCGCCUCUUUUAACGACGGCGAUCUGGUGGUCACGGUCCCCAAAGACCCACAUGAAGAAGACGUGGAUGGUGCUGAUAUUGGUGAGGCUGGACGCCUUAUUUUUGUACAAUAAAUCUCUAGCUUCAGUUCCUUUUUCUUUUUCAGUUUAUGUCCCAAUUGUGGCUUGUUUUGCUAAAGGGAUAUAAUUUGAACUAUGUCUAAAUAAGAUAGCACCCCUUGGAUGUGAAUUUCGAUCAUAGUGGUCUACUCAUUUCUUUACUAAAAGUUCAGUAAUAUAGAGGAUUCAUAGUAAUAAACUUCAACAAGUUUGGGAUUUAGAGGCAAUCAGAUGUAUCCACAUAAAGUUUGGUAGAUUGCUUUCUUUCUUUCAUUCACUACCCGCUAAUUUGGAGUUUACAAUUGGUUGAUGAGAAAAGAUGAAAAGGGGAAGCUUUUGGUUCGAAUUAGUGGCUAUAAAGUCGUCCUGUAGUUUUAUAAUUGUGAUUUGUCAUAAUUACAUUUGCGUAGCUUUAGUUGCUCAUAUGGAUAAGCAUAUAGGUUUGAGAAGGCCAAAGACUGAUUCUAUUGCCUCUCCAUUUUGUUUAUCUAAUUUUGUUGGUUGCCAUCUAUUCAAAAGUGUUGUUACCCUUCAAAGAAUAUAUUAAUGGUGGUGCCAUAGA